UUCGUAUAAUAUCAUUCAUCGCCGAAAAUAUUUUCCCGAGAAAAAGCUUACCCAAGAGGCCAAGAUAACGGAACUGAUGUCUCCUAUAUGAGAGAGAAACAAACCUCAAUCUCAGACAACUGAUCCGAUCCAAAGCUCUCGAAGCUUCCAUGUUCCAAUGAAAAAAACGAGCAAGACGAUGAUUCACUGAUCACCGCAGAAUCUGGUUUCACUCGGCGAAGUUUUUUUGUUGCCGGCGAAAUGGCGGCGAGUUUGACGCGGUCGGAAUCUCAGUUGUUCGAAACCCUAACAUCACUCCUCAUAUCGGAGAAACCACAGUUGCUCGAAGCCCUAAAUCCCUACAUUCCUCGAAUCACUCAGCCUCUCCUCCUCUCUCUCCUCUCUUCCCCUUCUCUGGCUAAACGACCCAAAACCCUAAUCACCUUCUUUAACUGGUCUCAGACAUCGGUUCCCGAAGCUUUCCCGUCGGAUUCAACUCUUCCGGUUCUCUCCGUCGUCCGUUCUCUCCUCUCUCACAACAAAUUCGCCGACGCCAAGUCGCUUCUUGUCUCCUUCAUCCGCUCCGAUCCUUCUCUUUCUCUUUGCCACUCUCUUCUCCAUCCGAAUCUCCAUGUCUCGCGAUCACCCAGCAAGGCCUUGCUCGACACAGCCAUCGGCGCGUAUCUUCACUCGGGCAAGCCCCAAGUUGCGUUGCAGAUCUUCCAUAAGAUGAGGAGGUUGAAGCUCAAGCCGAAUCUUCUCACUUGCAACACGCUUCUCAUUGGUUUGGUUAAGUACACUUCUACCUCUUCCCUUGCGAAUGCCAGAGAAUUGUUUGAUGAUAUGGUUAGGCUUGGUGUUGCGCCAAAUGUGAAUACUUUCAAUGUUCUGAUUCAAGGGUACUGCCUAGAGAGCAAGUUUGAAGAUGCCAUUGGGGUGAUUGAGAGGAUGACAAGACAAUUUGGGAUUGAUCCGGAUAAUGUUUCUUACAAUACAAUCUUGAAUGCAGUUUUUAAGAAAGGGAGACUUAGCGACGUUAGGGAUUUGUUGUCAGAUAUGAAGAAGAGAGGGUUGGUGCCCAAUAGGAAUACUUACAAUAUCUUAGUGUCUGGUUACUGCAAGUUGGGUUUGUUGGAGGAAGCAUCCCAGGUCGUGGAGCUGAUGAUGCAAAGUAAUGUUUUGCCGGAUAUUUUCACAUACAACUUGUUGAUAAAUGGGUUGUGCAAUGUGGGGAAGAUUGGUGAAGCACUUAGGUUGACGGAUGAGAUGAAGGGGUUGAAGUUGCUGCCAGAUGCAGUCACUUACAAUACAUUAAUUGAUGGGUGUUUCGAGUCAGGACUUAGCUCGGAAGCUAUGGGAUUAAUGGAGCAGAUGGCUGAUGAUGGAGUUAAACCUAACCAAGUUUCUCAUAAUAUAGUUCUUAAGUGGCUUUGCAAAGAAGGGAAGAUGGAUGAGGUUAUUAAAAAAGUCAGGGAUUUGGAGGAAUUGUAUGGAUUUUUGCCUGAUAGGGUUACCUAUCACACCCUAAUCAAUGGGUAUUGUAAAGCAGGGAAUCUGGGUGGAGCUCUUCAGAUGAUGUGUGAGAUGGGGCAGAGGGGUAUGAAGAUGGAUACAGUGACACUUAAUACCAUUCUCAACACACUUUGUAAAGAGAGAAAGCUUGAUGACGCUUUCCAAUUGUUGAAUACCGCCCGUAAGCGCGGAUAUAUUGUGGACGAGGUUAGUUAUGGCACGUUAAUCAUGGGUUAUUUCAAGGAAGAAAAGGUAGACAAAGCUUUGGAGCUGUGGGACAAAAUGAAGGAGGAACGAAUCAUCCCUACUGUAAUCACGUACAACUCUUUGAUUGGCGGGCUUUGCCACAAUGGGAAAACUGAGCUGGCUAUCGAGAAAUUUAACGAGCUUAUUGAGAAUGGUUUGCUUCCUAAUGAAACUACUUACAAUUCUAUUAUCCUCGGGUACUGCAGGGAAGGGCUGGUUGAAAAUGGGUUUCGGUUUUACAACGAUUCUCUAAAACACUCUCUUCAACCGGAUACCUAUACAUGCAACAUUCUUCUCACUGGUCUUUGUAAAGAGGGUUUGACAGAUAAGGCUCUUAAGCUCUUUGAUACUUUCAAAACUAAGGAGAGAGAUGUUGAUACAGUUACGUACAACAUAAUAAUCUCGGCCCUUUUCAAGGAAAGGAGGCUUCUAGAAGUAUACAAUCUUCUAUCAGAAAUGGAAGAAAAAGGACUAGAGCCUGAUCAGUUCACAUAUAACAGUAUUUUUGGUGCCCUUAUGGAUGACAGUAUGAAGAAGGAAGAAGAAGAAUUAUUGGAGAAAAUUGCUGGAAAGUUUGUCACCGUGGAGCAGUCUUUGCAGCCAGAGACAAAGCAGAAUCCAGCAGCAAGUGAGACAAUAGAGGAGCUUGAUCCUGAGUGUAUGGCUUACUCAGAAGAGAUAAAUGAACUCUGUGCUCGAGGAAGAUAUAAGGAUGCAUUCCAGAUAUUUUAUAAACUGAUGGAUAAAGGUGUUAGAUUCAAGAAAUCUACAUACAUCGAUCUGAUUAAUGCACUUAUAAAGAAACGUAAAGUUAUCCCCAUAGCUGCAAGAUGAUGUCAGAGUUUCUUGCAGCUUCUGUUUCAUCCUCUUCAGGAAGGAAAAUAUCUUUGUGUACAUCAAACCUAGCAUGAUUGAGAGUAAAGGUACCAGAGGAGGAGACUACACAACAAUGAAGAUGACAUUGUUCAUUGUUGUAAUCCAUAGCCAUCAGGGUUUCAGAUGAUGAUCUCGGAUAGAAUCUGUACUCAAGCGUGCUGCAAAUCUCGGGUUUGUGGUUAAGAAAACUUUUUCGGGGAUUAACGAGGGAUCAAGCCCGGGAAAGAGAAAGUGUUCUGAGAGUAAAUCUGUCGGUGAAGAGCAAAAAGAACAUUGAGCAGAAACGCCUGAGGGAUGAUAAAACUUGGAUCACUGGCUAAAUUUUUAGUUUCUUUGUGUAGGAAUUGCAUUUUUCUUUCCAAACACAGAGAAUGAUAAAGCCCUUCAAAGUAAGGCGGAAAAGGGAGAGUCUCUGUUCCAUGAUGUGGGGAACACCAACAUAAAGAGUGAGUAUAUGCCUUGAAAUCUUCUUGCCGGAACAACCGCUUUGGUCUGGUCGUAAUAGAUUGACUUUCUUGCUA